UUCAUUGGGCCGAGCACUCUCCCCAUUGCCGCCGCGUCCUGCAUCAUCUCCAGAGUCCACAAGCUAACCGCCGUCUGGUAGUUCUGUACUGUAUAUGGGAGUGUUCUGUUGAUCUGUUCCCGCCGCGGCGCCCAUCACCGCCUGCAGCUCCGACUGCCAGCGGUCGCCGGCCGCCGCAGAUGCAGAACCCCAGCGGAACCAUCCUCCAGCUCUACCACGCGGGCCGGCUUUCCGCAGCUCUCCGGGCCUUCGAAUCGAUUCCCUCCUCGGCCGCAUCCGCAUCCGCCCACGACCGUCUCUCCCCCGCUGCCUAUGCCGCGCUCGUCGCGGCCUGCUCCCGCCUCCGCUCCCUCCCGCAGGGGCGCCUCGUCCACCGUCACCUCCUUGCCUCCUCCGCUAGGGACCGAUUCCUCGCUCACAACACCAUUCUCAGCAACCACCUCAUCACCAUGUACGGCCGCUGCGGCGCCCCAGACUCCGCCCGCGUGGUGUUCGACGGGAUGCUCGACAGGAACCCCGUCUCCUGGGCCGCCGUUAUCGCGGCGCAUGCACAGAACAGCCGUUGCGCCGACGCCAUGGGCCUCUUCUCCUCCAUGCUGCGAUCGGGGACCAUGCCCGACCAGUUUGCGCUUGGCAGUGCCAUCUGCGCAUGCUCAGAGCUUGGGGACUUGGGCCUAGGGAGGCAGGUGCAUGCGCAGGCCAUAAAAUGGGAGAGCGGAAGUGACCUGAUCGUGCAGAACGCACUCGUCACCAUGUACUCCAAGAGUGGUUCAGUUGGGGAUGGAUUCGCUCUCUUUGAGAGGAUCAGGGACAAAGAUUUGAUUUCAUGGGGGUCAAUCAUCGCCGGGCUUGCACAGCAAGGUCGUGAAAUGGACGCACUACAAAUUUUCAGGGAGAUGAUCGCUGAGGGCGUGCACCACCCCAACGAGUUCCAUUUUGGGAGCGUCUUUAGGGCCUGCUCAGUCGUUGUUAACAGUUUGGAGUAUGGGGAGCAGAUUCACGGUGUAUCUGUCAAGUAUCAGUUGGAUCGCAAUUCAUACGCAGGUUGCUCAUUAAGUGACAUGUAUGCCCGAUGCAAUGAGCUUGACUCGGCAAGGAAGGUGUUUUACAGAAUUGAGUCACCUGAUUUGGUUUCUUGGAAUUCCUUAAUAAAUGCUUUCUCCGCUAAGGGGCUCCUUAGUGAGGCUAUGGUCCUGUUCUCUGAGAUGAGAGAUUCUGGUCUGAGGCCUGAUGGUAUCACUGUUAUGGCUUUGUUAUGUGCCUGUGUUGGCUAUGAUGCUUUGCAUCAAGGUAGAUCCAUCCACUCCUACUUGGUCAAAUUAGGUUUAGGUGGGGAUGUCAUAGUAAGCAAUUCUUUACUCAGCAUGUAUGCAAGGUGUUUGGAUUUCUCCUCUGCAAUGGAUGUCUUUCACGAGACACAUGACCGUGAUGUUGUCACCUGGAACAGCAUUCUUACUGCUUGUGUGCAGCACCAGCAUCUGGAAGAUGUAUUUAAGUUAUUCAGCCUCUUGCACAGAUCAAUGCCAAGUCUGGAUAGGAUCAGUCUAAACAAUGUUUUGAGUGCUUCUGCUGAGCUGGGUUACUUUGAAAUGGUGAAACAGGUUCAUGCAUAUGCCUUCAAGGUUGGACUGGUGGGUGAUGCAAUGCUGAGUAAUGGUCUGAUUGACACUUAUGCUAAAUGUGGAAGUUUAGAUGAUGCCAACAAGCUCUUUGAAAUAAUGGGCACCGGCCGUGAUGUGUUCUCUUGGAGCAGCUUGAUUGUUGGUUAUGCCCAAUUUGGUUAUGCAAAGGAAGCACUUGAUUUAUUUGCCAGGAUGAGAAACCUUGGAGUCAAGCCAAAUCAUGUAACCUUUGUUGGUGUCCUCACAGCAUGCAGUCGUGUAGGACUUGUUGAUGAAGGCUGCUAUUACUACAGUAUUAUGAAACCUGAAUAUGGCAUUGUCCCAACGAGAGAGCAUUGCUCAUGUGUCCUUGAUUUGUUGGCACGUGCUGGGAGACUAAGUGAGGCGGCAAAGUUUGUUGAUCAAAUGCCAUUUGAACCUGAUAUUAUAAUGUGGAAGACUCUGCUAGCCGCUAGCAGAACACAUAAUGAUGUCGAUAUGGGGAAGAGGGCAGCAGAAGGUGUUUUAAAUAUUGAUCCUUCUCAUUCAGCAGCCUAUGUCCUUUUGUGCAACAUAUAUGCUUCAUCUGGCAAUUGGAAUGAGUUUGCAAGAUUGAAGAAGGAUAUGAGAAGCAGCGGAGUCCAGAAAUCACCUGGGAAGAGCUGGAUUAAACUCAAGGGCGAGCUGAAAGUCUUUAUUGUAGAGGACAGAUCGCACCCAGAGUCUGAUGAAAUAUACACAAUGCUGGAGGUUUUUGUCAAUUGCCAAAGGAAAUCAAGGUUCACCAGAAUUGCACCACCAAAUCUCGAUAAGGUACUUGGAUCUUACCUUUGUGCUGCAUUUUGAUGAUUCAGUAAUGACAGGUUGUGGAUUUCCCUUUCCUAAAUGAAUGGAAGAAAAGGUAUGGUCUGUGACCAGAAGUUAUCUGUUUCUUUGAUUCCUGACUCUGGUUUCUAGUUGAACUAUUCUACAUGAGGGAGAAAUGUCUUAACAUUGUGGUUGGACUUGUGUACAUAGUAGUGAAUCUGUGGAGGAAGCUACUGAAGUUGACGCUGCUGUUUCAUAGCUGAUGGCAGGUUCUUCUGCCACCCCCUCAAACUCUGUAAUGAUUAAUCUAGUUUCGAUAAAAUAGCUGAUGGCAGGUUACACCUGUUUGAAGUGCCACAUAUUCGUGUUGAGUAGGUUUCAAGAUAGUGGUAUCUGAACUCUUACAGAAUAGUUAAAACCUUUGAUUUUUAAUUUACUGCUCAGAAGCCCUGCCUUUUAUAUGUAGCAGCUUGCUAGUACACUGCCUGAAAGGUGUUCGUACCAAUACAUUUCAUGCAAGCAGUUGUGAUGAUACAUCUCUCAUGUAUGCAUAAAUGAAUCCACUUGGAGCAA